GUGAUCUCGUUUUCUUUUCGUUCCGACGGGCGGAUUUCAAGUUUUGCAGCCCAGGUCCAGCCUGUUUGCGAAACACGAAAGGGUCCAACAUUUCCGCGAAGUUCCUUGGAGUCAGGCCCCUGCGCAGUAUCAUCGUGACGAUAAGCGUCGACCAGUCGAAUAGUAAACAGUGCGUUUCCUGCGUUUGGACGGCUCGACAAAGCUACCAUCGAGACAGCAGUGUGUGUGUGCGUAUGUGUGUCUGUGCGCAGUCAAAAACAAAAGCAAGUAAAACAUGGCCGUGCCGUCCCGUUGGCGGAGGUGCUGAGGAGGUCAGAGCAGAGAUGUUCCUUUGUGAUCUGGGCCGACGCGAAAUGACUUGAACGAACUCUGAUCGCGGGAUGAGCCCGAGCUUCGUCCACGGCAGUUCUGCGGGUGAUGUGGACCGUUGUGGUCGAAGAUGUUCCGGAGUACUUCGACAACCGAACCGCCGUAGCGAGGAACGCAAGCUGAGCGAGGCCAGCGUUCGUCAGAGGCGCUGUCCCUUGUGCAGUGACUCGACGGUUGGUGCAAGUGGAACCGUGGUUUGUGAGAGUACGACAGUUCAUGUAGCAGGCUGAGUUGUUUCCGAUAUCGGACUUUCGGGGAGCGCAGCGUAGACCUCGCCUGUGGCCAACAUCCUGUGUGUGACUCACGGCUGCUCUCACUGUGGAGCGCGAGCAGUGGUGCGCAGCGUACGAUGGCACGCUCGGUCCUGACUUUCCAAGACGCGUGAACGUGCUUAGUGAGUGCGGUGCGAACAUGAGGGGCGACGUGCUGCCGCCCAAGCGGCAGGCUGUCGUCGACCGGUUGCGGCGACGAAUCGAACUGUACCGCCGACACCACAACGCCACACUCCCGCGCUACGAGCAGGCCGCCAAUGCUGUCUACGAAGAGCAGCGACAGGAAACGCUGUUGCUGAAGCAGCGCUACUUGGAAUCCAAGGCGAAAAAAUCGAAGAAGAGCGAACACAAGUCGUUGAAGGACUCGUCCGGAGCGGCAGCUACAUCGUCCGCAGAUUCGCACAAGAACAUCCUACAGAAGUCCAACAAAAGGCCGGCUGUGAAUAUCGAAGCAUCCCACGAUCCAGCUGCUGAUACAGGGCCGUCAGAUGACAAGGACCACCGGCAUAGCAAGAUGGCUCGCACAAGCAGCUCUGCUUCGGAUAAGCAUGUGCUCCAGCAACAGAAGCAGAUGAGCUUGGACUCUCAGCAGAUGCAGAUUCCUGGCUUUGAAUGCAUCAAACAGCAAUCCGUUGCACCCAAAUCUCCAGGGUCAGCAGGGACCAGCCACGACUCAUCUAUUCUGCUAUGUAAUGUGAAGAAAGAAUGUGAUAGCCUUGGGUAUUGCGGCCAAACGAACGACUGUGCACAUUCACAAGAAGCCACUACUUCAGCAGCAGCAGUUCAGGAUGAGAGUGCAGAUACUGGAGAAAAGUUUCUUGAUGCAUUUCCGAAUCUGGGCCUGCCAGAAGAUUCCUCCGAAGUUUGGGUAGACAACCCUGAGAUUCUGCGGCAUCUCAUUGAUGACAUAACAAAUCCGUCAGAUCUGAUGACUGAUUUCAAUUUCAGCUACGGUAUGGAAGGUAUAAAAGAUACCGAAAGCUUAGAAGCAGUCAAAAGUGAAGGUAUAGGCAACGUUUCUUUAAAUGAGAAGAAGGGCAGGCAGCAACAUGCAGGAUUUAGUGGCAGUGAGUCAUUCAUAGCCACAAGUCAAGCAUCGCAGGUGCUGGUUUCACCAUACGAGCAGCGGUCUUCAGCUGCCAUCGACAGCAUGGCUGCGAAUGCUCCGUGUUUGCCUCAGCAGAGCUUUUCCCCAAGCAACACUCGUGCUAACCAGUUUUCAGCAUCGAAUAUGGGCAGCCUGGACUUCAAGCUUUCGGAACCAAGCCCUGCAGCUCAAACAUUGAAACAAAUGGCAGAGCAGCACCAGCAGCACAAGCAAGGUCAUGACAAGCACUCACUUGGCCUGGGCGUUCCUCGGCAAAACUUUUCCCCCGGGGACAAUUUUGAUGUUUCUCUAGCAGCAUCACGCAGUGCGAUCUUUAGCAGUGCAGAUAACUCUCUUAAUUCUUCCAAGGUUAUGCAGACAUCAACCAUGUUUCCUAAUGUUGGCUUUGGAAACCAAGCAUUGACGACGACAAUUCAGUCCAAUUUUCGUGCCGACAAUGCAGCCAGGGCCGGGAAUGCCUUGACAGGUGUUGCUUUUGGAAAACUUAACGGUGCUCAGAGCCCCUAUGCGGUAUCCAGUAACCCUCUUGAUGCAGCAAGAUGCCAAACUGUCUCUCAAAUGCCAGUGCAAGAACAGCAGAGGUGUUCGCCUAAAGGAGUGCAGUAUACCAACAGCACCGAUGAGAAGACGGCGUUUGUCAACAACUUCAAGGCAAGCUUGGCCAAGUUCAAUGAAGUCAACAGUGCACCAUCACCUCCCCUUGUUAAAAGCCCAUCACAAUUUCCAAAACAAAUAUCAUCUCCCAUGUCUUCACAAACCUCCAUGAUGAUGGGUCCAUCUGGCCAUAGUACAAUUCAAGCAAAUGCAAUGCAGCCACAAGGCAUGAAGGACACAAAAGACAUCUCACCACUGAAUAUAUCAUCAAAUCCAUCGUACGCAGAUGCGCUAGCAUUUUCAAGCGGCAAUGCAAGAGGCAUGAACCGGAGCAGUAUUGGACCCGCUGCACACUUCCAGGCACAGCAACAAGCGCAGCAACAGCAACAAGCACAAAUGCAGCAGCACAGGGAUAAGCCAGGCUUCUCACAAAUUCAGUUCAUGGAGGCCAACCAGCUCACCAGGCCUCCGUCUUCGUCGCCAACGGACGUAAAAAGCUUCCGCCUUCAUUACAGCCAAAACAAAAGCUCAAUCGUUCCACAACACCACUUGCAACACUACACAGCUCGGGUCCAAAAUCCGAUGGGCUUGCAGGGACUGCCACAACAGGGACCACUGCGCGUGGCUCGGCCCUCCGUGCCAGUCGCCAGCAACCAACUUCCUUCACAUCCUCAACAAUACGUGCAACGCAUGGCAGCCAGGCAGCCCACCAGCAUGAGCUCUGUCCCAUUCCAAAAUCCUGGCUCACUCGGCUUUGGCACCUCUAGAAUGCCCUUGCCCGUGAGAGCUUCGUCUCCGCAGCAGAUGUCGGGGCCCAUCAGGCAUUCGUUGUCAGCAGCCUCUGUCACUGUGGCCCAGAAACCCUCGUACACAAAUGCCACGAUGACGCCACAACUCUCGGCAGACUUCGCUGCUUCACAGCGUGAGUGGCAAUGUGCAAUGGGCCAGGCAAUGCAGCAGCAGCAGCAGCCUCAGCAGAGGGUGUGCUUCCAGACACAAACGUCGCAGGCGCAGAGCAGGGUUGUCUUCAGCACAGCACAGCCAGGAUCGGCUCCUCGACCCCCGCCAUUCCAGCCACCACAGCUGAGUAUGCAGCCACAGCAAGCCACGACAUCAACACUGCCACCACUGCCUCAGUUGCAGAUUCCACCACGCAGCACAGCACCACAGACGAGCACCUUCUCACCCUCAUUCUCAUCAAGCAUUUCAGACUUUAAUCUCGAGUUUCUCGAGAGCAUCGAGAACAGCGAUUCGGACCUUCUGAACUUUGACCCUGUCAACUCGAACUUCGGAAUACUCGAUGAUGUGCUCGGAGGCAAGUGAAAAACCACAGACCACAUCCAUGAACAUUUACUGUUUUUUUUAUAUACAAUGUACACUGCACAUUUUGCAUGAAUUUUUUUAUAAACAACUCAAAUGAUCUUACUUAUUCCACAUACUCUCAAAGCAUUGUAUGAAUAACAGCACAUUGUUUUUAACUGAAGGCAUUCGUUUAUACAAUAUUAAGCGAAAGUGAGCGAUUGUUCAGACGAGAAAGCCGCUCCCUUGGUUUUAUUCCACUGGUGUCUCUUCUAUGCACCACAUGACUGCCUGUAAAUAAUGGGGUUCUACUGUAGUAUAAUUAUAUAUAUGUACAUCUAUAUAUUAUAUAUAUAUAUGUAUACUUGUGUUCUUGUUUUUCUACAUCAGAAACAAAAGUUGUUGCCAAAUCCUGUAAGCGCCGCACAGCUUUACAGUCAAUUAUGCAAUUUUCAAAAUAAAAGUGAAGCCUGCCUUAUCUUCACA